AGAUGCGACGGUAAAGUACAAACGAACGCCGUUCAAAGCUUAUAUUCAGACGGAAGAUUUUUCAGGGGUUUAUUCAGAGGGUUUUUGGGUAACGUUAAGUGGCACGCGAAAAGUUAUUUUUCGAUACAUUCAUUAAAAAAUACAGUCAAGAACAUUGUUGUUUUGUGAUGUGAUCGUAAUAAGUGAUUUAUGGAUCUGUAUUGAUUGAAUAGACACAACCCCAAACUAUAAAGAGAUAUUUGAAGUGCAUUCAAGUGUUUCUGUCGAAGAAGAGAUUACCUACACUUGUCUAUAUUUUCGACAGGUACCUACUAUAAAGCGAAAUGUGAAAGAGAAUUGCUUUUUCAGAAGAUACGUUUAUAAAAGAUUUCUUUGUGUCUUUAUGCCGUCAAAGAAUUUAUUUUUAGUCGAGAGUGUAAAGAAGGCGGCACAUGGAUAUUUUUAACGUAUGUUUAUUUGAUUUGUGACGUUCUUCCUAAAUAAAACCUCACCUACUGUCAAUUCCUCUUCUAUUUUCAUCUCCUCUAAAGCCAUUUUGUCGAAUGUUUCCCAAACAAAGUUGAAAAAGUUAUUGAGCGUAAUCAUAUAGAUCAGGGGUCUCCCAACUACGGCCCGAGGGUCACAUCCGGCCCGCGGAGAGCUAGUAUACUUGAAAAAUUCCUUUUAGAAUAAAAUUCCAACAAAGAUGAGUUGAUAUUUGUUCUUAAUUAUAUCACUGCAUUGUAGAUCAAUCAUUUCCAUUUGAAGUUCCGGGACUAGGGUUUCAAUGUUAGUAUCAAAAGGAUUCUGAAAAAUCUUAAUUUGAUUCGCAAUGGCAUCAAAGUCCGAGAAACGAGUAUCGAAAUUUAUUUUCAAUGCACUCAAAGUUUCUAUGGCAAAAUCGAUAGGAAACUCAGUUUCAGUGGUGUGAAUAUUUCACAUGUUUUAAAAUGUGAAAAGCAUUUACUCCGUAGUUGUGAUUGAAACAGUAUCGAUUUCUUUCGGAAUGAUGUGAUAUUAGUGUAUUAAUCAGGAAAAUCCUUGUUUUCUCCUUGCAAUCUCAAAUUCAAUCAACAUAGAAUACUAACUUCCACAGCCAUGCUUUUCAUUCAAAAAAAUUUCGAUCACUGCUCGAAGUUCAAAAAAGCGCUGAAGGACUUUCCCACAACUAAGCCAACGUACGGCAGUAUGAUAAGAACUACUACAAGUACCGUAUCCGCCGUAUAAAGACCAGGCAGUAGUGCUGAUGAUGUUGAAGGAGCGAGAUAACGCGUCCUCUCCCUGUUCGAGUCUAGGAGGUUCCUCCGGGAUGGAAGUAUCUUCGUGUUCGGGAUGCGGAGAGAGAAUCCACGAUAGGUACUAUCUGUUGGCUGUUGAUAGACAAUGGCACGCGUCUUGUUUGAAAUGUUGCGAAUGUAAAUUACCUUUGGAUUCGGAUCUGACUUGUUUCGCUCGAGACGGGAAUAUUUAUUGCAAAGAUGAUUAUUAUAGAAUGUUCGCUGUGACGAGAUGCGGAAGAUGUCACGCUGGCAUAUCAGCCAACGAACUAGUAAUGAGAGCACGUGACCUGGUCUAUCAUCUACAUUGUUUUUCUUGUGUUUCCUGUGGAGUUCCAUUAUCGAAAGGUGACCAUUUCGGUAUGCGGGAAGGUUUAAUAUAUUGCAGGCCGCAUUACGAAAUCAUAGAUUUUUGUGAUCCCAUGGACGUGAUGUACAACGGAGGAGUGUCACCAGGAUAUUAUCCUUCAAGUACACCACCUCAACAAACCAAAGGAAGACCGAGGAAAAAGAGGAUAAUAGCCGAAGAUGAAAGCUCUUGUGGGGAAAUACCAGUAACGAUGAGAAUGGCUGCUGCAACGUUGGAAAUGCUUCAACAAGGAGACUUAUCAUCUUCAUUAGAAUCUUUGUCGUAUGAUUCAUCCGUGACAUCACCAGCCUCAAGUAACGGCCACCAGAGUCAAAGGACCAAAAGGAUGAGGACGUCGUUCAAACACCACCAAUUGAGAACAAUGAAAACCUACUUUGCUAUCAACCAAAAUCCUGACGCUAAAGAUCUAAAACAACUCGCGCAAAAAACGGGACUCUCAAAGAGAGUUUUACAAGUAUGGUUUCAAAAUGCGAGAGCGAAAUGGCGAAGAAAUCUGAUGAGACAAGAAGGUACCAAUAAUAAUAAUGGACAAACGCAAUGUCCAAACGGUCCUUCGUCAUCUGGUUCGGGCGGAAUGGAUUCCAGCAUGCCACACCAGAGUUUAGACGACCUCCAUCACCACAUACAUUCCCAAAAUACACAAACUAUUUCGUUCAGUGAUAUAUAUUAAAUUAGUCGAUUAUAUAUUUAUUUAAAUAAUUUAAAAUUGUGGACAAGUAAUGUUUGUAAGUCUGUUUUUUAAAAAACCAAAUACCAACAAAGUAAGUAAGUAAGUUCGAAAGAAAAGUUAGAUCAAACUCCAAGAUUGACAUUACGUCUAAUAUAAAAGAGUAGAUGGAAGAAACAGUGAAAGAAGAAUGUGCAGGAAUAUUGAAAGACAUAUUAGAAAUGUUUAAAGGUUGAAGGUAAAAUGUAACUGUAAAUUCCACAAAUAUUACAUCGACCAUCUUCCUAAUAAAACCAGAAACAUAUGUUGGAAGAAUACCAACGUAGUUUUGGGAAGGGUACAACAGUAACAACUGGGAAAAGUACAUAUAUUAUAUACAAUGAUCGCUAUUGUAUAUAGAAAUAAUAUCAAUAAUUUGAGAACACAUAAAAUGGAAACUACAAAAUUCAGAACGCUAUUAAAAGACAGAAUCUAGAUAUAUUCCAGAAAGAACUAAGGGAUAUAAAUAUGGUAGAGGUUGAGAAAUUUUGUCUUAUUUCUAAAACUUUACACUUUAGAUUUUAGCGUAUACACGAAAUGUUCCUUUACAAAUAUAGUGAUAAUUUGUAUGUUAGGUUCUGAAAUAAUGGAACCUCUUAAUAUCUUUGUUAAAGAAAAUCUCAUCAAAGUGAAUAUUGAUUUGAUAUUAUGAUACACGUGCAUUCACAAUUUCAAUGAUUAAAAAGAGAGUUGCAGGACUAAAUUUAGUAAAGAACUUGAACUACAGAAAUCGAAAUAUUAGGAGAUUUCAAAUAAAUUUUCUUGUACAUAAAAAUAUACGUGCAAUUUGAAACAUAUUUUUUGGUGAAAUAUGUAAAUAUUUGUACUUUUAAUGUUCAUCCCAAUCCAAAAGGAUAAUAUUAAAGGAAAAAAUUCGCUGUUGAUUUUUUGUAGAACUAUAAUCAUUAUAUAACUGUUACCAUAAAAUUAUUUUCAAAAAAAAUCAUUUUGAUAAAAGUGUAAUGAAUGAAAAAUGGUUCAAAAACAUCGACUUUACAUUGUAUAAAAUGUAUAGUAAUAAAUUUAUUCAUUUC